CGAGCCACGGGGAAGCACCAUCGCAAAUUCGAAGCUCCCGCGGCUAAGCGUGCACGAUACGCUGCCCCCAACCGCGCGGCAGCAGCAAACGAUGGCGCCGCUGCCCACGGUCCGCGAGGACGAACAAGAGGACGACGCCGAGACGCCGCGCGAGACGACGCCGCUCACCCCGCACCCCGGCCAACCAGCGGCGAAGUUCCCCUCGCCGCGGUGGCGCGGCGCGCUGGCCAUCUCCGCGGUCGGCAUCGCGUCGGUGCUCGGGCUCGGCGCCGUCACGGGCCAGUUCAGCUGCGGCGACGACUGCGUGCAGGUCGAGCCGAGCAUCGACUCCCUCGACUCUUCACCUAUCAAAGUGGAGGCCCUCGUCGAGUCCAUCAGCGUACCGUGGGCCGAGUUUAAAAAGCGCUUCGGCAAGCACUACGACGCCGAGGAGGACGUAAAACGGAAGGCCUGGUUCGAGCGGCGCGUCGCGGAGUUGGACGCGCGGAAUCUGGAACACGGCAGCCGCGUCUUCGGCCUGACGCCGGCGAGCGACCGCGCGCCGGGCGCGCGCGCGUUCCCGCGCGGCCGCGCCGGCCGCGGCCGCGCCGACGCCUACAUGCGCGCGCCGCGCGCGGCCGAUACGAACAAGCUCACCGCCGCCGCGCGCAAGCGCGGCGUUUCCUUUGAUGCCGCGGACCGCGUCGACUGGCGCGCCGUCGACGGCGCGCUCACGCCCGUGAAGAACCAGGGCCAGUGCGGCUCGUGCUGGGCCUUUAGCGCCGUGCAGCAGGUCGAGACGGCCUUCUUUUUGAAUGGAGGGCCGCCGACGGUCUUCAGCGCGCAGCAGGCGACGUCCUGCGGCGGCGCGAAGAACGGCGUCUUCGGCUGCGCCGGCGGCGACACGACCUCGGCCUUCGAGGUCAUGGCCGACAGCGUGGGCCUCGCGCCGGCGGCCUUCUGGCCCUACGCCCAGGGCCUCAUCCCGAAGGACGGCUGCCUCGACGCGGCGUGCACGGAGGACUGCGACCGCGACCUUGAUGUGUUGAAGCACGAGGGCUACUACGUGGGCCCCUCGGCGAGCGUCGGCGCCUAUAGCUUCGCGACGCCGCCCUGCGACGGCGCGUGCGAGGACCAGGACCUCGGCCAGCUCGCGGACGUCGUGCGGACGACGCCCGUAAGUGUCUGCGUCGACGCGUCGCUCUGGGACGACUAUACCGGCGGCGUGCUCAAGGCGUCGGCCUGCUCGGCGAACUACCUGGACCUGGACCACUGCGUGCAGGUCGUGGGCUUCGACAGCACGGGGCCGGAGCCGUACUGGAUCGUGCGCAACUCGUGGUCGACGGCCUGGGGCGAGUCGGGCUUCAUCCGCCUGCAGUUCGACGCGAACACGUGCGGCCUGGCCGACGAGGCCGUCGUCGUCGACGUCGACGGCGCGGUGCCGCAGGUCGUCCCGGACACGGACGACGACGCGCUGGGGCACUUCUAACGAAAAUAGGAAAUAUAA